AUGGCAUAUGCAAUCGAUGUCGCAUUAGCGAUAGCUUGCAUCAGGUACUAUGCUGGAUAUGCCGAUAAGUAUCAUGGAAAAACAAUUCCCAUCAGAGGUAACUUUUUCACCUACACGCGACACGAGGCAGUUGGAAUCUGCGGACAGAUUAUCCCAUGGAAUUUUCCUAUCCUUAUGCAAGCUUGGAAACUUGGGCCUGCCCUUUCUAUGGGGAACGUGGUAGUUAUGAAACCCGCAGAACAAACUCCUCUGUCAGCUUUACAUGUGGCCGCUCUCAUUAAGGAGGUUGAUCUUCAUGUAGACGAAAUGGACAUUCCUCAAAUGCUUACUGUGAGUUCAUCUAGCAAAGCCCAAGAGGAUAGCACUGUUCGAGUUCAUCGGGCUUCUAAAGGCGAACGCUCACAACUGAAGAAAUCAGAAAACAUCAAAUUGGACUACGCUGUCAAACAAGCUCAUGAAGCUUUAUUCUUUAAUCAAGGACAAGUGUGUUGUGCAGGAUCCCGAGUUUUUGUUGAAGGAAAGAUUUAUGAUGAUUUCAUCGCCAAAUCGAAGGAAUUGGCUGAGAAAAGGGUUCUUGGUGACCCAUUCGAUUUGAAGACUGAACAAGGCCCUCAGGUAAAGUACUUUUGUUCUAGAGGGGAGAAGGGUGUGAUUAGGUAAGA